CUGUGCCGCUGCUGCCAGCUGCCGGCGGCCCUCUCGCUGGGCGCCCUGCGGUAAGGCCCAGGAGAAACCGAGGUCUCGACCUGGGCUCUCCCCGGAGCUGAAAGGAAUUACAGAUCCUUGUCCCCCUGAGAAUGGCUCUGGAUGACUAUGAAGAAAUUCUCAAGCACUACGAAUUGCAUGAAACCAUUGGAACAGGGGGAUUUGCAAAGGUGAAGCUUGCACGACAUCAUCUCACAGGUGAAAAAGUGGCCAUCAAAAUCAUGGACAAACUUGCCCUAGGGGAUGACCUGCCUCGAGUGAAAGUAGAGAUUGAUGCCAUGAAGAACUUAAGUCACCAGCACAUCUGCCAGCUCUAUCACGUGGUGGAGACAAGCAGGAAAAUAUUCAUGGUCCUGGAGUACUGCCCCGGGGGAGAGCUGUUUGACUACAUCAUCUCCAAGGACCGCCUGCCGGAGCAGGAGACACGCGGCUUCUUCCGACAGAUCGUCUCGGCCAUGGCCUACGUCCACAGCCAGGGAUAUGCCCACAGGGACCUCAAGCCAGAAAAUCUGCUGAUUGAUGGGGACCAUAAUCUGAAGCUGAUAGACUUUGGACUUUGUGCAAAGCCCAAGGGCGGCCUUGAUUACCACCUGAACACCUGCUGUGGCAGCCCAGCCUAUGCAGCACCAGAGCUGAUCCAGGGCAAGGCAUACAUUGGCUCUGAGGCAGAUAUCUGGAGCAUGGGGGUGCUGCUGUAUGCUCUGCUGUGUGGCUUCCUGCCCUUUGAUGAUGACAAUGUCAUGGGCGUGUACAGGAAGAUUAUGAGAGGAAAAUACACUGUUCCCAAGUGGCUGUCUCCCAGCAGUGCUCUGCUGCUCAACCAGAUGCUGCAGGUGGACCCCAAGAAGCGAAUUACAGUCAAACAUCUGCUGAGCCACCCCUGGCUGAUGCAAGGCUACUCUGAUGCUGUCCAGUGGCAGAGCAAAUAUACACUGGAACACCUUGAUGAAGACUGCGUGGCAGAGCUUUCUGUGUUCCACCAACAGAGCAGGGAGAGCAUCCUGGAGCUGAUAAGACAGUGGAAAUAUGACCAGAUCUCAGCCACCUACCUCUUGCUUCGAUCCAAGAAGGCUCGUGGCAAAGGAGUCUCCUUAAGGGUUCCACCAGUUCUGAAGGGCCAUGGCAGCACCACAUCACCUGCAGACCUCGAGCCUGAAAAAGUCAUGACAAAGGGAGAGGUGCCAGGCCUCAAUCAGCUGCCACCUGCCUUUGGGUCCAUGGAGAUUCUUGAUGCAGCUUCAGCAUCUGAAGAGUCUCCAGCAGAAGAGUUCCUUCUACAAGCACAGAGGAAAAAGCAGCAUCCAAGCCAUGAUGCUGAUCUGGAGGACAGGGAAUUCCCAGCAUCCACUCCAGUGACAAGAAAAGUGGCCUCAAGAAAGGAUGGAAACAAAGAGAACAUUAACACACAGGCAGCUCUAGGGAAGGAGAUGCCCCUGAUGCUGCCUUCUCCAAAGACUCCUUUCCCAAAGAGACAGCUUGAGGCACAAGUGCCAACCACUCCCUUCCAGACCUUGGCAGAGAGCCAGUUCCCUGCUGCCACCCCAACGAAGAGGCCUGCAAGCCCCACAGAGCCAGAUGGAUGCACAGCAGCUGAAGUUCUGCACCAGGCAAGGGCCCUUCCAGGGGAUUUAGAUCUCAACCCAGCUCAGGUGGGCAGCAGCCAGAAGAAGAGAAAAGCCAAGAUAUUUGGAAGCCUUGAAAGAGGCCUGGAUAAGGUGAUCACAAUGCUGACACCAAGCAAGAAGAGGAGGUGCACUAGGGAUGGCCCAAGGAAACUCAAGGCACACUACAACGUCACCACCACCCAGCUGCUGAAUCCAGACCAUGUCUUGAGUGACCUCAUGGCUGUGCUGUCCAAGAAGCAGGUGGAAUAUGUCCUCAGUGGAUACACCCUGAGGUGCCAGCGACACUGGGACCUGGGCAGGGUGUCCCUGGUGUUUGAGCUGGAGGUUUGCCAGCUGGGCACAGCUGGCGUAGUGGGCAUCCGACGGCAGCGGCUCAAGGGAGACGCCUGGGUCUACAAAAGCCUGGUAGAAGACAUCUUGUCCAGCUGCCACCUGUGACUGGAACUGGGGCUGCCAGAUGCCCUGCCUGCACAGGUAAAGGGUUGGUGCCACACUGACAGCUGCCCUUGGACCACAGCUGUCUCCAUGGGGAUUUUUAACCUUACCUUUGCUUGUUCUGCACAACUCCUUCAUGCCAAUUCCUAAUAAACGUUCUGUGACUGCA